GUGGUCUUAUAAAUAAUGAUUAUUAUUAGUUUUCCAAGAAAGUAGUAAUCGACUAAUCGUAAGAAUCAUCAGGCGUCUAGAAAUAUAACCAUGCAACGCAGCCUACCCUUGUAGAAAAAAUAACACACCCACGCACCUACGCCUGUAUAUACUUCAAUUAAUUUAUUAAUACCAUGUUCGAACCUUCUUCCCCAAUUUUGAAUUGAACAAGUCUCUUCUAUCACCUUAAAACCCUAACUAAUCCCCAAAUUCCCCCCAAAUGUUCUUUACCAAAUCUUCUUUGAUUCCUUGUUCAACAUGCCGUCUGUAUCUGUAAAAUUCUACAGUGUUCUUCAUAAAUUCAUCUUGAAACGCCAAUUGCAAACCCUCACUGAAACCCACACCAAAAUCUUCAAUCAAUUCGGUGUCGUCUCUCGCCCCGAUGAAUCCGUCGCUCCGGCCAACCCUAGCUUCUCUGAAGACGGUGUAGCUACCAAAGAUAUCCAUAUCGAUCCAUUGACAUCUCUAACCCUCCGGAUCUUUCUCCCUGAUUCAGUACUUGCCAAAUCCAGGGGUUUAAAACAAAGUGAUGGGGUUUACGGUGGCUACUCGCCAGCUCUAGGCGAUAAUUUACGUAAAUUGCCCGUGGUUUUGCAGUUUCACGGAGGUGGAUUUGUGACCGGAAGCAGUGUUUCGUUGGCGAAUGAUCUGUUUUGUCGGAGGAUCGCCAAGGCGUGUGAUGCGAUUGUGGUGGCGGUAGGGUAUAGGCUUGCACCGGAGAGUAAGUAUCCCGCGGCGUUUGAGGAUGGCGUUGAGGCGUUGAGUUGGUUAGCUAAGCAGGCGAAUUUGGCCGAGUGUAGGAUCUCAGGUCGCGUUAACCUCAGGAGGAGACAGAUCGUUGAUGGUUUUGGUUCUUCCAUGAUCGAGCCUUGGAUUGCUGCUCAUGCCGAUCUUUCCAGGUGUGUCCUCCUAGGUGUAAGCUCUGGUUCAAACAUCGCAAAUUAUGUCACACAAAAAGCAGUAGAAGCUGGGAACCUAUUAGACCCUAACCAUGGCCAUGUUAGCCUGGAAGCUUUUCUUACCUGA